AUGACAACGAACACGGUUGAAAUAGCUGAUACAUAUUCUCUGCCUUCAAAGGAAUUUUGCCCGCCACCAAAUGCAAAACGAUCUAAAAUGGAUGUUGAAGCAGAUGACGAUAAACGAAUCGAUGCCAUUGUCAAUGUGUUAGGCGAAAUGCUUAUAGAAGUAAAGCAGUCUAUUUUAGAAAAGACAGAAUCCUAUACUCCUUCAGCAGCAGUAACAUUCGUACUGAGAAGGAUGGAUGUGAAUACACACGACCUGUUAUCUGAUGAGAUUUAUUCUCUAAUGACUGGAUUCAUGACAGUCUAUCUUUGUUUCAUACAACUUGUCUUACAGCAAGAUUUCCAUCACUUUAUGAAAUUAUUCUCAAAGCACGAUUCUUUUCUUACAACUGAGGACAACCAACCUUUUUUAUGGUACUAUACGCUCCAUAAUGACGCUUUAAUUCCCCUGUUGCAUCAAAAACUCCAUCAAAAGAUACAACUGCUUACUUCCGACUUCGUCUUAACUCGUAUUGACAGUAUCUUUUCCAAGUUUUAUACCCUUCAUUUUUUAGAAACAUCAGCACGUCAACAUCAGAAAGAUCAUGGACAAUUUUAUACACCUCAGUCUGUCAUUGAUUUUAUGUGGAAUCGAUGUGCUUCACUUCCUCGACUCAUAGAAUACCUACUCCUUAACAACAACGACAACAAUAGCAACUCACCACUUUACAUACCGCGUAUAUUUGAUCCAUGUUUAGGUAUCGGUUCUUUUGUAUGUGAAUAUCUUACACGCAUCAUUAAAGCAUGCCAAUUCACCUCAGCAUGGAACGAUCCUUAUCGCUUAAGCUUACUUUUAACACAACAGAUACCCAGUGCUAUUUGGGGAAUUGAAAUUGAUCCAUUCGCUUUUCAACUAUCGAAAAUGAAUUUAAUGGUACACUUUUUUCCUCUGUAUCAAAGAUUGAAAGAAUUAAGAGUUCAGCUGGCGCCAGCAUCUAUAGAACGAUUACGGCUUUUUUGCAAUGAUACACUCAAGUUAAAAUUAGAGUCCAAUCCUUUUUGGAUGACGGCUGAUCGACAACUCGCACUCAGCGAAAAUAAUAACAGUGGUGGCACUGUGGCUAAAGAAGAUUCUUUUGAACAGUCUUCACUAGCAUCGCUGCGAGAUUCAUCAAGUUUAAAGUUCGAUUUCAUCGUUACUAACCCACCAUAUAUGAUUAGAAAAACAGGAUUCAUAGCUCAACCUGAUCCAGAGCUAUACGAUGAGAGUAGAUUAGGAGGCAGAGGGACACAGGCUUACCUUUACUUCAUUUGGAUUGCACUCCAAAGAUGUGAUGAUACACGAGGCCAGAUUUGUAUGAUUACACCUAGUCAAUGGACUGUUUUAGAGUUUGCUCGGAACUUACGGGAAUGGAUGUGGGAGCAUUGUCGAUUAUUAGACAUGUACGAGCUUGAGCCUUAUAAAGUCUGGCCUAAAGUACAAACCGACUCUUUAAUUUUCAGGGUUUGUAAACGCUCGAAUAUUUUACCGUUUACGGAUCACACACUUUACUUGCGGCAUAUGUCACGAAAAAUCUCCCUGAUGGGACUUCUACAGCAAUACGAGAAUUUUAAUCCGUCUUGCCCAGUACCUGGUAUCCUUUACAAAUACACACCGCAUUCAUCUUACCAGCACACACAUUAUUCCUUUGUACCGACAUCAGCUUCAUCAUCAAACCCAUCAUUAUUCUCCAAGAAUAUCUCCUUUGCCUUCAUGAUGCCUUCCGCUUCUUGUUUAGAAGAACUCGAAAGAAUAACGCGGCAUUUACCACGCUUAUGUGAUGAAGAACCCAAAAAAGUAUCAGUUUCAUCGAGGGAUAACAACAUACCACCUUUAGUAUGGAACAGAGGGCCCAACACAAAUCCUGUCUAUUCGCUUGUCGUUCGAACAAGUUGGGCAAAACAAAUAUUUGGUUUAGAAACAUGUAAUCGCUGGCUAAAGCCAUGUUUUUACUGGAACGGCAAAUCGAUUUUGUCCGCCACAGGCGGUGGUAAAGAAGGUGAAUUUUGGAAAACACGAGAUCCACUACGCUUGAUAAAAAAAGAGACGUCGGCAGCUGAAGCAUAUUGGCCGUACUGCAUGUUGGACACAGACAAACCUGCAGAACCCUUCUAUUCUUUAAUUAUGGUGAAUAAGGACGACGCUGCUAUAUUAAAGGCAGAAUAUGAACAGUUUGGUCGAGAAAAGUCCUCUAUCGCGCCUCUUUACCAUUAUCUGCAGGAUGCUCGUGUGGCGUUACAACCUAACCAAACGGAUAAGGACAUUGCUCACUGUCAGUAUAACAAAUGUGGAAUUGAUGUGCCUACCAAGAUUAUUCACCCAAUUAAUUGCGGAUACUUUACACGGUCUCAACCGCGAUCUCGGUUCUUUGUGGAUAAGACGAAAGCAGCAGUAACAAAUCAAUGCAUUUAUUUCACUAUCAAAGCCAACUCUAUCUGGCAGGAUCCAGAUUUCUUUUGCGCACUACUGAAUAGCACUCUCAUUCAAUUCUUUCUCAAAAUUCAUUGUUGUUAUGACCAGCAAGGACGGAUGAGGUUUUUUGGCCGCUCCAUGGCUGCUAUCCCCUUUGCUCCGCCGCCACUCUCAGCAACAGGCAUUGUGCACUAUAUGGCUUUAUUUGCUCAAGGCAUAACAGCAGCUCGUACUUGGAUAUAUACCCUUGUUCGCCAUACAACGCCCACUUCUUUCCAGACAAGGUUAAUGGAGCGUGUUCGAAAUUAUGAAUGGCGUCAAUUGACACCCGAAGAACGACAAAUGGUACGAAAUCAAUUUCGACCGCCAGGUGAUUAUUGGCUUGUUCAGCCUGAUGUUAGUUUAUCGACCUUUUCUUAUCCCCCUCCACUCAACUGGAUCUAUAUGUUUGCUGUGCAAUACAUCUACCAGAACUGCAAUGGGUAUAAUGGAGGUGAUAAUAAUGGAUAUGAUCUGGAUAUCGCAUUUGUUACGUUGAUCAAAGUAACCUCCCUCUUCCAAUACGCUCUGGAUCAAUUGACGUAUUAUUUGUAUCAGAUACCAGAAUUCCUUCAGUACGAAAUAGAAAAGGAGUUGAAGUUGACGAAUUUACGGAAAGAUUGGCGCGAUGAGGGCCAUCGGCAGCAGUACUCUAUAUUACAACAAGAUUUGAGAAUCGUAAACGAUAUAGAUGGCUGGUGCAAAGGAGUAAUGGAUCUGGGUAUCUCUUUUACACAAAACAAAGAAUAA